CCGAAACGCAAAUUGAUUCUCCUCGCGGAAGCCCCGGCUUCAAUCGCCGUUCCAAAAACUCCUGGAGAAUCCGGGGAGAACCUCCGGGUGAUCGAUUUGGCCGACAAACCCACGAAAAUGGCGCUCCAUCGUCAAUUCAACGUCGACGAGGGCGUCAAGGGGGCGGAUCCCUCUCGUGGAGACGUUCACUACUGCAUCAGGAUAACUGAGAAAUCCCAAAAGGAGUUUUACGUCCCCAAAUUACCCCCCGGGACUAUUCUGGUUAAACACGAUAAUAAAAUUGUUAAGAAACCGAUGGAGAGCUCGAUAAAUUCCCUGAGGAAGAGACUGAGUCAACAAAUCACUGGACAUGCGCCUAAAUGUGUUAACCAACCUGAAAAAAACAAGAAUUCCCAAGUGCGACGAAAUUCUUCUCGUCUAUCAAAAAAAAAAAUCGACAAGGACUUCCCUCGCCCCAGGCUCCUGGCUCUCCGUCGGGGAGGGGCUGCGGGUACCGAGCCGGAUAAGGAGAGAUUGAAAUUAUCGGAUGUGCCUUACAUGAACACCAGAUCAGUAACCAAGAGGCUGUACAACGUUGGAGCUACUCUUCAGGUACCCAAUAUCCAGGAGGAGUUCGAGUGGAGGGAGUGGCCGACACACGGAAUGCACGAGAGGCCUAUUUAUCAUCCCCAGGUGGGUCUCGCAGCCGAGUUCCUCGGCCGUUGUUUCGCCAGUUUCGAUGGAGAAUCGUACCACGAGAUUCCAAGCAAUCCAGACCUCGAAAUUACCCCACCUCUUCCACGUUCCCAUCGAAAAAUUCCCGACCGAGAGAAAAUGGACGAGAGAACGAGCAGAACCUCCUUCGAGGACUGCAUGCACCGGACCUUCCACUCGGUCCUCUCCUACGCAGCAUCCAUAGCAUCCCCAGAGUACCGAAAAAUCGAGGAGAGGAUCGUAAACUCCAGACUCCCACCGAUCUCCAUCCAACCGGAGCCCAAAAAGCCCCAGAAUCCAGCGAUCAGAGAAAAAAAUCCUGAAAAAAUUCCCCAGCCCUCUUCUGGACCCCUGGACCCAGCCAAACCAAAGGGUCCAAAGCCCCCGUUGAAUCUCAUCUGCAUAAAAAAUCACGCCAAACUCCAACAAGUCCUGGGACGGGGAAAAAAUACUCUGAUCCUGCUCAAGACAUCAGACCCUAAUUUGAAGAAAGAAGGCGUCUCCCUGGGUCAGGUCCCCAGUGUCUCCAGUCACCCUCCACAAUCAGAGAGGUUGGACCAGAAAAAUUCAAUGCCUCCGGAGGAAAAGGGUUCCGUCAACGUGAAGAUCCAGGAGACAAAGGUCGACUGGGAGAAGGAGACGAAGGAGAAGGAGAAGAGUCUGAAGGAGUUGAUUGCAGACACUGCGGUCCUGUAUUGCACGUCCAUGGGGGGCCAUCAGGACGAUAUCGUUGAUUAUAUCGAUAGUUUGAGCCCUAGGGAGUGCCGUAAUUCACUGGGGAUGGAGUUAUGAUGACACCAAUUAAUAAAAAUAAAAUUAAUCAAUUAAAUUAUUGAGAAAUUGUUAACUUGUUUGGAUGGAAAAUGAGUUGAAAGAGAAUUUUCUUCCAUUUUCUUGAGUUAUUGAAACGAUCAUAAAUAUGACUUUAUAAUUCCCAAAACA